UCGGAAGAUGGCUGGCGCCGAAGGGAAUGCCCUUUUGCCACCGCAACCGCAACCGCGAGCGGAGGGGGCUCUGCGGGGCUGCUCGGGAGACUGCCCUUCUCGGGCGGCGGGAAGGAGACGCUGAGCGCCCUCCCUUUGCACCGGGAGGGACUGGAGGCUCUGUUUCAUUUCUCUUUUUUUGGGGGGGUGAGGGGAGAGCCUCCCCCUUCGGCCAGCCGGAGGAGGCACCAUGAGCUCCGCCGAAGACGCGGCGAAGGACAAACUGCUCUGGAACGUGAAGAAGGAGGUGAAGCAGAUAAUGGAAGAAGCCGUCACCAGGAAGUUUGUGCACGAAGACAGCAGCCAUGUCAUUGCAUUAUGUGGGGUGGUGGAAGCAUGCCUUCUGCACAUGCUCAAGCGACGGGCGGCCGGCUUCCUGCGGACUGACAAGAUUGCUGCCCUGUUCACCAAGGUGGGCAAGACGUACGAUGUGGCAAGCGACAUCUGCAGGAAGGCGCAAGACUUGCUGCAGCAGGUAGAAGGCAGCAGGAAAGGGCAGCAGGUUGGCCAAGAAUCCCUGAAGAGGCAAAGUUCGACAGCCAGCAAAGCUCCCGCUCUGACCCCGCAAGCCGUCAGGCACAUCUGGGUGCGCACCGCUCUGAUCGAGAGGGUGCUUGACAAGAUCGUGCAAUAUAUUGUGGACAACUGCAGCAAAUAUUAUGAGAAAGAAGCUCUGUUGGCAGAUCCGGUCUGUGGGCACAUCUUGGCUUGCCUGCUGGUUGGACCCUGUGCGCUUGAAUACACCAAGCUGAAAACAGCUGACCACUUCUGGACAGACCCCUCAGCAGACGAGUUGGUUCAAAGGCAUCGGAUUCACGGAGCCCACAGCCGGCAAGAUUCUCCAUCCAAGCGGCCAGCGCUAGGAAUCAGGAAGCGGCACUCAAGCGGAAGCAUGUCUGAGGACCGCUUUGCUGCCUCGGCGAGAGAUUACGUUGAGUCGUUGCACCAGAAUUCACGGACGCAUUUACUCUAUGGGAAGAACAAUGUGCUGGUUCAGCCAAAGGAUGACAUGGAGGCCAUCCCAGGCUAUCUCUCCCUCCACCAGUCUGCUGAUUCGCUGACUCUAAAAUGGACACCAAAUCAGCUCAUGAAGGGGACGCUGGGGGAUUCCGAGCUGGAGAAAAGCAUCUUCUGGGACUAUGCCUUGAUUGUGCCGUUCAGCCAAAUUGUCUGCAUCCACUGCCAUCAGCAACCGGAACGAGGGGGGACGUUGGUUCUGGUGAGCCAGGAUGGCAUCCAACGGCCCCCACUUCACUUCCCACCUGGUGGACACCUCCUUGCCUUCCUGUCUUGCCUCGAGAACGGCCUUCUGCCCCGUGGACAGUUGGAGCCCCCCCUGUGGUCCCAGCAGGGAAAGGGUAAAGUAUUUCCAAAACUUCGGAAACGGAACAGCCGCAACAGAUCUGUGGAUCUUGAAGAAAUGCCAGUGGCCAUGGAGAAUGCUACGGAUUACGUCUUCCGGAUCAUUUAUCCAGGCCAUAGGCAUGAAAACAUAACUAUUAACUACCACCACUUAGCUGCCAGCCGCUCUGCCUCCGUCGACGAUGACGAGGAGGAAGAAGACAAGCUGCACGCAAUGCUUUCCAUGAUCUGCAAUCGGAACCUCACAGAUCCUAAAAGGAUGAAAGAUAUUGGCGAUGUGACCAAGGUGCAGGGAUUUGGUGCCGGUAUCUUAUCCUGGCAGCUCGACCCUUGCAGCCAAGGUGCCUCCUGCCUGUCGUGCUCCACAGGGAGCUCCCCUUACGACAUCCCCAGCUGCUGCACCUGCAUUCAUGACAGGACCCCUCUAAAAAUGUUAUGCCAAAGCAUGAAAAGACAGAUUGUUUCCAGAGCGUUCUAUGGAUGGCUUGCCUACUGCCGCCACUUGUCCACAGUCCGGACACACUUGUCUGCCCUGGUGAAUCACACCAUCAUCCCACCAGACAAACCCACGAGUGCCACGGGAGGACUGACGAAGGAGGUCUGGAGCAAAUACCAGAAAGACAAGAAGAAUUACAAAGAGCUGGAGCUGCUACGGCGAGUUUACUAUGGUGGGGUCCAGCAUGAAAUUCGGAAGGAGGUGUGGCCGUUCUUGCUAGGGCACUACAAGUUUGGCAUGACCAAGAAGGAGAUGGGUUGGGUGGACGAGGAAAUUGCCCUCAGGUAUCAGAAGGUGAUGGCUGAGUGGAAAGCCUGCGAGAUGAUUGUGAAGCUCAGGGAGAAAGAGUCCCAGACAGCCACCAAGUUUUCCUCUGGCAGCAGCAUAGACAGCCAUGUGCAGCGACUGAUCCACAGGGACUCCACCAUCAGCAAUGAUGUGUUUAUAUCUGUCGAUGAAAUGGACUUGGUAGAGCGAGAUCUGAAGGUGACAGAGGACUCAUCUUUGACUGGGGUCUGCAUCGAUGCGCCGACAGUCGUGGUGGCAGUGGAGCAGCAGCAAUCGGUUGAGUUCGACUCCCCCGACUCUGGGCUCCCCUCCUCCCGGAAUUACUCGGUCACGUCGGGCAUCCUCUCCAGCAUUGACGAUGGGCAGAGCGUCUGCUUUGAGGAUGGGACCGAGGAGGAAGCCGCUGCUGAUCUGCAGAGGCCUGAUCCAGAUCACGCUGCCCAAGCCAAGGAACAGCUCAGUUCUCAGAUGGACUGUAAAGCUGCCACAGGAGAAGAGAGCAUUUCUGUCUGUUCUGCAUCUUACACGAUAGAAAUGUUGGACACUGUUGCCUUAAACUUGCACAGAAUUGACAAAGAUGUGCAGAGGUGUGAUCGGAAUUACUGGUAUUUCACUGCUGAGAACCUGGAGAAACUGCGGAACAUUAUGUGCAGUUACGUUUGGGAACAUUUAGAUGUUGGCUACGUCCAAGGAAUGUGUGACCUUCUGGCUCCACUCAUGGUUAUACUCGACAAGGAUGAGCUCGCUUACAGUUGCUUCACCUACCUUAUGAAGAGAAUGAGUCAAAAUUUCCCUAAUGGAGGGGCCAUGGACACGCAUUUUGCAAACAUGAGGUCCCUGAUCCAGAUUCUGGAUUCUGAGCUCUUUGAACUGAUGCAUCAGAAUGGGGAUUACACUCACUUCUACUUUUGCUACCGCUGGUUCCUGCUGGAUUUUAAAAGAGAAUUGUUGUACGAGGAUGUAUUUACAGUGUGGGAAGUUAUUUGGGCAGCAAAGCACAUCUCUUCAGAACAUUUUGUCCUUUUCAUUGCCUUAGCACUGGUGGAGGCCUACCGAGAGAUUAUUCGCGAUAACAACAUGGACUUUACCGAUAUCAUCAAGUUUUUUAACGAAAUGGCUGAGCAUCACGAUGCACAGGAGAUCCUGAAGAUAGCAAGAGAUCUAGUCUGUAAAGUGCAAACACUGAUUGAGAACAAGUGAGCGUGGAUGCCUCAGGACCCCACGGGGCAACCUUCCUUGGACCUUAUGGGGGAGGGGAGGGCGUGGGGAGCAUUUUCCUGCACUUGUCACUUCUGCCAAAUGCUUUGAUGGCAUCUUCCAUGUGAUGUUGUAAAUACCUGAGAGAUUUCUAAGACUUUAACAAGGAGGAAAAAACAUACCACAAAACCAAGAAGGUUUUCCACCAGGAGACAAGUUGCGUGUGCAAGUCCUCACUCCAGACUCUCUAUUUCAGGGCCAAAAACAUUUGUAUGUGUUUCGCUGCUCUGGUUUGUAUGUUUUUGGGUCUCUAGGCAUUGUGGCCCAGGACAGGGAUGGUCAACCGGUGGGGUGUGUGAGGAAUAGGGUAACUGGUUGUGCGUGUGUGAUUUCCCCAAAGUCUUGUCCAUUUUUGCACCACCCACCCAGUUGCAGGUGACACUUCUUGAUGUCCUGCUGUCUUGUCAGUAAUCCAAGAGCAUCUACUGUCAUAGCUUUGUGACAAGCUAUGCCAUCCCGCUACUUGAAUGAUGAGAUUGUGCCUAGGCCAAGGCAGGCCUUCGUGCUGAAAGCGAGCAUGUCUCCUUUAUAAUCCCAGCAGCUCUGAAGCUUGUCUAAAAGACGAGGCCAUCCUCCGCAUCGAGGGUUUGCAGGAAAAAAGCUGCACAGAAAUAGAUGCCAAACACAGGCUUCCUUCUCCCUUAUUUCAUCCCUUUGAAUAAUUCCAAACUUUUUUUUGUGGAGGGUGCCAAGAAAACAAUCCAGUAACAGUGAAAGCUUGCAGAAAAAUGGUGGGAGAGGGAACACGGGGAGAGAAUUCCCAAAUAUUUCUGCACAAUGAGGGCUAGAACCUUGAUUCAAAAAACAAAACUGUGACACCCAAAGGGAUAACUGGAUUCUAUGGAUAUAUGGAAUAAUUAUAUACUUGCCCUGGUUAUGUGAGAGAGCUGCAUCCUUCUCUGUUGGCAAUUUGGGAUCUUUUCAGUCUUUAAAAUGCCUCCUCAUUCUUCAGUUUGUUCUGCCAAACUGUUGUGAACAGCCUCGCAACCCUGCUCACAAAGGGUGCAAUCCAGUUCUUUUACCUGUAUCCAACCUCUCAGUGGCCUCUGCACCAACAGCCACAGAAUGGAAGGUAGUCCAGUUACCCCAAAGUAUUGCUGACUUUAUGUCUAGUGGAGGGGGGGGGUUGUUCAGUUUUCCUUAGAAUGCAAGGGGGGAAGUCUUAAUCAGGAAAACUGACUUUUUUGGUCUUGCUGGCAUGCUCACACCGUAGUCCCUCAGUCUUUUUGUUUCUUAUUCUCUUGUGCCAAGCUAAGUGUCCGAAACAUGCAUGGUUCUGCCAGACAGUGUCAUGGGUGAGGAAACUGCUUUCUGAUUUAUGUGCGUCUUUCAUUCAGUUGAAAGGUGAAGUCUUUAAAAACUUAAGCCGCCCUUAAGGGUUCCCCUGUGACCCCGAAGGAAUCAUCAAUGUUUUAAAACUGGUAACGCUGCACUACAUUUUUUGGAGAAUGUAUUAUAUACACUUUACUAUGAAAAAAAAAACCACCAAACAAAAAUGAAUUUAACUGUGCAAACUUUGUUGUACCUGUUUAUUAUAACGUUUCUGCAUAAUGGUAUUUUAUGAAUAUUGUGUACUGCCUUAUUUAUUUUUGUCAGGAGCAAAAUAUUUUCUUUAUUGCUCA